CCACAGUUAGGCAGCGGCUGGUUCGCUUUGGUGUUGUUCUACUUGAUCAGGUUUGGUCCACAGCAAGAACACACUGACAUGAAGACAAGGUUGGAGUCACACCAUAUGGUUUUGCUCCAUUGAAGUCACAUGUUCGAUGCACUGAUCCAUAAGCAGACAUGGCCAGCGUACGAGUUGGAGAGGACAGGCGGAGAGAUCCUGACGGUGGGUGGGGUUGGGUGCUGGUGGGCGCCCUCUUUGUCAGCACCAGCCUGGUGUUUGGGCUCAUGCGAGGCCUGGGCAUCUUCUUUGUUGAGUUUGUGCAGUACUUUGAGGAGAGCGCUCAGGCCAUCUCCUGGAUCUCCUCCACCGGCCUAGCGGCACAGCAGUUCUUCAGCCCGCUGGGUGCUGCAUUGUCCAACGCGUACGACACCCGCGUGGUGGUGAUGACGGGGGGCUGCCUUGCUGGACUUGGGCUCAUACUGGCCUCACAUGCCACCUGUCUCGUCCACCUCUACCUCACCAUGGGCGUCAUUUCAGGGUUGGGCUGGGGCUUGGUCUUCACCCCCAUGGUGGCCACGGUCAUGGCCAGCUUCACUCAGCGGCGCUCCCUGGCUUUGGGACUGGCGUUUUCCAGUAUAGGCCUGGCUUCCUUCACUUUCAACCCGCUCUUCCAGCUGCUAGUGGAGAAGUACGCCUGGCGCGGGGCACUGCUCAUCCUGGGGGGGCUCAGCCUCAACAUUGUGCCCUGUGGGGCGCUUAUUCCCUCACGGAGUCGGCCUAAAAAUCCAGAAAAGGGGUCUGCAGAGAGCGCAUCGUCGGGUGUUGGCCUGCUGCAUCGAGUGUCGUCCUACUUGGAGCUGUCUCUCCUGUGCGAGAGGCCUUACCUCACCUACACCAUGGCCAUCACACUGCUCAAUGUGGGCUACUUUGUGCCCUAUGUCCAUCUGGUGGCCCACAGCCGAAACGCUGGCUUCUCCGAGUACCAGUCCGCCUUCGUCAUGUCCGCUGCCGGCGCCACCGACAUCUUUGGCCGCGUGGCCUCGGGCUGGUUCUCGGACCUGGGCCACUUCCGCCUCAUCCACCUGCUGAGCCUGUGGACGGCGCUAGCCGGGCUGUUCAUCAUGCUGCUGCCCGUGAGCACCCUGUGGGGCUCCUAUGCCAGCCUGGUGGCCGUUAGCCUUCUGUAUGGCUUCUGCUCAGGGGCGCUGACCUCACUGGCCUUCACUGUGGUCCCCAUGGUGGCCGGCUUAGAGCGCAUGAUGGGGGCGCUCGGCCUGCUGCAGCUCAUUGAGAGCUGUGCGGGGCUGCUGGGAUCUCCUCUGUCAGGGCUGCUCAAGGACAUCACGGGCGACUAUAUGGCCUCCUUUGUGGUGUCGGGCUCCUUCCUCAUCCUCAGCACCUUGACCAUGGCCACCCUGCCGCAUUACUUUUCCUGCACGGAUCCGCCUCCUGUGCAAGGACCCUGCCAGAAGGACAAAUGUGAGGGUCUCGGCUUGGAGACAGAGCAGAUGAAUAAGACGCUUUGUGAGGUGAAUCACUGAGAUGCGUCAAAUGACGCCUUUUUUUGUCUUUGUGUUGCCCACUCCACAUGUAAUGAUUCAUGUUCUGUUUAUUUGAUUUACACAUGAAGCUUAUUUAAUGAUAUUUGCACAUUGUAGGUGAAAUGGAGUGGCGAAGUAUUUAAUAAUCGUCCUCGUUUCUUGUUUGAUGUAGCACACACUCACUACUUUCCAAGUGGUGUGAAGAUGACGCACAAACGACCUUUAAUUCACGCUAUUGUGUAAGAAGGACGUUAAACCGAUAACUAAAUGGUGCACGGAGAUGCUGUGUCAUUUGUUGGGACACCAAAAAUAAUCAUAAUGAUCUGCUUUAGUUGUGUAGGGCCUCACACUCAGGAACACAAAACUGCUGCAAAUAACUACAGUAUGUCCACUUUGUAGUUUUGUAAAGCAUAAAUCUAGACUGCUGGUUACUUAUUCGUUCUUCGGCAAUUCUGCUUGGUAACUAUUACGGUAGUCCCUUUUCCACCAACAUUACCAGGAACUUUUAUUACCAAGAACUUAUUUAAGUAUCUGCAAUGUGUGUGGGUUGCGUUUCCACUGCACCUCAAACUUCCUGGAAAUGUAUUUCGACCAGGCGUGGGAUUCUGAAAAGACCCAUCUUGCUAGUAGGUACUUUUCCAGGGAAUGUUUGGCACGUUUUUCAAAAUCCCAGAUUGAGAAAGUUUCUUUCAGUGGAAAAGGGAUUAUUGAGCCUCAGUAAAUGUUAAAUGGGGAAUAACCAGUGUGAUUGAAGUCUUAAACCAACCUAUCCAAUGUGAAACCUGAUGUUUUGUACGUCUUAUUGAUUAAAACAGAGAU